CCAUUUUUAAAAGUCCAUGAUUAGAAAGGCCCAUAACCAGUCGAGCGAACAAGAAGCGGAGGAGGGAAGAGCGAUCCUCGCGUCAUCGUUGCUGCUAAAAUUGGUUCCAUCGAUUUCAGUUAGAAUCAGAUCGUCGUUGUACCGAGAGCUCCGGCAUUGGUUCACGGCGGAGCUGGCGAGUUAUCUUAGAACGGAGAGGUUACUGAUCUGAAUUGUUGAAGAUCGGAAAAUGACAGAAUCGAGUCUGGAUCUGCAGGAAUCUGGUUGGGAAGAACUUAGGCGGGAAGCUCGUAAAAUCGAAGGAGAUCUAGACGUUAAGCUCUCUUCUUACGCUAAGCUCGGCGCCAGGUUUACUCAAGGCGGGUAUGUUGACGCUGGGUCUCCAACCGUUGGAUCGGGGAGAUCAUGGAAGUCUAUGGAGAUGGAAAUUCAAUCGUUGCUUGAGAAGUUGUUGGACAUUAAUGAUUCCAUGAGUAGAUGUGCUGCAUCUGCUGCACCCACUACAUCGGUUACUCAAAAGCUUGCUAGGCACAGGGAUAUACUUCAUGAAUAUACCCAGGAGUUUCGAAGAAUAAAAGGAAAUAUAAACUCGAUGAGAGAACAUGCUGAGCUUUUGAGUUCUGUCAGAGAUGACAUAAGUGAAUAUAAGGCUUCUGGUAGUAUGUCACCGGGUGUGCAAGUAUUAAGGGAGAGAGCUUCAAUUCAUGGAAGUAUAUCCCAUAUUGAUGAUGUGAUUGGUCAAGCUCAAGCGACAAGAGCAGUUCUUGGCUCUCAACGAUCUCUGUUUUCAGAUGUUCAAGGGAAAGUAAAAAAUCUUGGAGACAAAUUCCCAGUGAUUCGUGGCUUACUUGGUUCAAUUAAAAGGAAACGUUCUCGGGACACACUUAUCCUCUCCGCUGUCAUCGCUGCUUGUACGUUGUUUCUAAUCAUCUACUGGCUCUCAAAAUAAACAGAAUGUUCAUACACCUAAACUAUAAAACGAGUUUGCCUCGGCAUCCCUAGAUCGAUUUUUUCCAAGUUUUUUCUUGCUUUUGUGUUGGGUUAUAUGUUUGUAGGACAAUAUUAUUACACCCUGAAUCAUAAAACAGCGUAAAGUAAAAAUUCGAAACAUAUAUAUCUCACAACAUCAAA